AUGUCGAAACAUGAAUUUAUUGAAAACAGUACUGCUAUUUCUAAUGACUUGCCAUCAACUAACUCAACUCGUCAUCAUGCGUGUCUCACACUUGAUCAGUCUGAUCGUCUACGACUCAUUCGAUUUCCGGCAACGACUAUCCACAUUGUUCGAAAGGCUAUUCUCGCUAGUUGGCCUCGUGGUUUACAAAACGAGAAAGAAUAUGCAGGUGCAUAUGAAUUCAAGUUUUGUGGAUAUCCUUGGCUCGGUCAAGGAAUCGAAGCAGUACAAUCUCGAGUUAUGAUGAUGUCAGUUUUAUCAGCUUUGUAUCAUCAAGGUUGGUAUAUUGUGGCGUCAACGGAUGUUUCCAAAAAACAACACGAUAAGGAUUUACUGAUUUUUCAACUCGGUGUUCCUCCUCCAACAACAUCAUUUUUUGCUGUUUCAUUCAAUGAACGAGAUAAAUUACGUUUAAUUGGUGCUCCAUAUGAAGUAAUAUCUGCAGUUCAGGAAAUUAUUGGUACAAAUGAUAUUAGACAUGAAAAAUGGAUUUAUUCAGAGACAGCUUAUCAGUUUAAAUUGCAUAAUCGUCCAUGGACAGCCAUUGAUUACAAAAUGGUUACUAGUCGAAUGGAACUUCUUGAGUUACUCGACUGUUUUGAAUCACUCGGUUGGGAAUUAUAUGCAAGCAUUAAUUUGAGUACAGGUCAUGAAGGUUCUCAUACUGACACUUGGUUUUGUCGUCGAAGUAAUCGAUGA